CUUUUCUUUUUUAUUUCAUUUUUAUAUAUUAUACUCUUUUAUUAAAAGAAACGUAAAAUGACAAAAAUACACCGUAACGUGGAAUUAGCAAAUACAGCACAAAAAGGUCAAACAGGUAUUUAUCGUAAUACAGCGAAACCUGAUAGCCUCUUGGAGACCUAUAAUAGAGAUAUUCAUACUCUCUAUGAUGCUUGGCAAUCAAUUCCUUCAUCAGCAAAAGAUUUACAAUGUCUUGGUUAUCGACCUUUACUCAAUCCACUUACACAAGAACGAUCUUCUGAAUAUGUAUGGCAAACAUAUGGACAAGUGAUAGAAAGAGUGAAUGCUUUUGGCUCAGGUAUACGACAAUUAAUUGAAGAAAUAACAGGAAAGAAGGCAGGUCAACAAUCACCUCUUGGUAUUUGGGCUGUCAAUCGACCAGAAUGGACACUAACAGAUCUGGCGUGUGUAUCUUUUGGAUUUUUCUCUGUGGCUCUUUAUGAUACUCUUGGUGAUGAUACUGUCAGGUUUGUCAUCAAUCAUUCCGAACUCGAAGCCGUAAUCUGUUCUGCGAAUCAUAUUGAACAUCUUUUGACCAUUCAAUCGGAAUGUCCCCAACUUAAACUUAUUGUUUCGAUGGAUCCUUUGACUGAAUUCAACAAUGGCAAGGCACUUGUGUCAUGGGCAAAAGAAAAAGGGAUUACACUCUACGACUUUGAACAAGUGGAACAAUUAGGACGACAACAACAACGACCUCACGUACCUCCUCAACCUUCGGAUAAGGCAUUUAUUCUUUAUACAAGUGGUACCACUGGUAAUCCCAAAGGAGCCAUUAUUUCUCACGCAAAUAUGGUGGCAGCGCUUUCGUCUGUGUCCUCUCGGUUUGACUUUGUAUUUGGUGGUGAAACAGUGAUAUCCUAUUUACCCCUUCCUCAUGUAUUUGGACGUAUUAUGGAUUGGACAUGCCUGAUUCACGCUGGACGAAUUGGUCAUUUUAGUGGUGCUGUGGAAUUACUAGUCGAAGAUAUUCAACUACUCAAACCAACACUUUUUCCCUCUGUCCCUCGAUUAUUGAAUCGUAUCUACAGUAAGGUCUCACAAGCGACUAUCCAUGCUCCUGGAAAUCUCGGUAGGAUUUUCCGUAUGGCUCUUCAUACUAAAAUUGAAAAUCUUCAACAAAACCGUGGAACUACACAUAUGGUAUGGGAUCGUUUAUUAUUCAACAAAGUCAAACAAGUUCUAGGUGGUAAUGUCAAAGUGAUUGUCACUGGAUCGGCUCCCAUUUCAAGUGAGGUGAUGGAUUUCCUUAGAGUGGCCAUGGGUGCUGAAGUGAUUGAAGCAUAUGGAAGUACAGAAAAUACUGGUGCUGCUAGUGUUUCUCAAAGAGGAGAAUAUCGCUGUGGUCAUGUAGGUGCUGCUGCUCUGUGUACUGAACUCAAACUGGUCGACGUCCCUGAAAUGAACUAUCUUACAACUGAUCCUCAACCUCGUGGUGAAAUCUGUACUCGUGGUCCAUGUACCUUCCAAGGCUAUUAUAAGGAUGAAGAAAAGACGCGAGAAACAAUCAUUGAUGGAUGGUUCCAUACUGGUGAUGUUGGUAUGAUGGAUGAAAACGGCUGUUUGGUGGUCAUCGAUCGGAAAAAGAAUAUAUUCAAACUGUCACAAGGGGAAUAUAUUGCUCCUGAAAAGAUUGAAAAUGUAUUGAUGAAUGAUCCUUUGGUGAUGCAAGCAUUUGUAUAUGGUGAUUCUUUACAAAGUCAAUUGGUGGCAGUCAUUGUACCUGAUCCUGAUGAAUUGAUGUCAUUCGCUCAAAGUCUUCAUCUUACCAGUAAUGAUGGAUCGACAUUAUCUUUAGCAUCUCUCUGUCAACAUCCAACUUUGGUGAAAAAGGUGUUCCAACAUUUGACAAAGGUUGUGAAACAAAGUGGAUUGAAAGGAUUCGAACAACCAAAGGCAAUCUGUUUGGAAGCUACCCCAUUCUCCAUAGACACUGGUAUUUUGACUCCUACAAUGAAAUUGAAACGACCCGAAGCAAAACAACGAUAUCUUCAACAUAUUCAAUCUAUGUAUGACUAUUUGGCAAAGGAAACUCCCAAGGCUUUGUUAUAGAUUAUUAGUAGUGAUAGUUAUUUCUUUUUUGGUGAUCGUUUAUUUAAUAAAAUACGUUUUACAUCUG